GGUAAGAUGAUAGAUCUAUUGAACAAAGCCGCCUGUUGCUAGGCAUUUCGAUCAUUCUGACACAACUGGCUAUAGACGUUUGUUGAUCUCUAAAACUUUAACUUGAAUAUGUCUUACUUUUACAUAUAUAUGGAUGACCAGAAAUACAAAAUAUCAGUAUUUUAUUAAUCAAAUGUUGCAUUAAACGAAAACUUUAUAAAUAUAACAAAAAUAAGAUUUUCUUAUUAUCAGAUACAAGUAAUUAUGUAUUAAAAGUAACACUUCAUUCAAGCAGAUAUGGCCUCCUUUUGUUUACCUUAAAAUUUGUUAAAAUGAAUACCUGGUAACCUCAAAAUUUGUUAAAAUGAAUAUUGAAAUAAGAACAUUACCAUGUAAAUGUGAUUGUGUGAGCUCAUAAUGCUACCAUGUGCUCCAUGAAGUGGCUCCGACUGCUUGUGAUGCUGGCUGUCUGCUGUGCUCAAGAAGGAGAAUGGAACGAAGAUGCGGAGGACUUAGUGUCAACAGUGGAUGUAGAUGCCGUGCUGGGGCGUACAGCAUCGCUUCCCUGUGACGUUACUCCAGAUACAAAUGAGGAUAGAGUAUACAUGGUGCUCUGGUUUCGAGCAGGGAAGAGUACCGGCGGAAAACCUAUUUAUAGUUUUGACGUUCGUGGAAGAUCAUUUAACAAAGCUUUACAAUGGUCAGAUCCUAAUGUUUUUGGUCCACGGGCUUAUUUCGCCACCGUUGCCAGACCGGCCUCUUUGACGCUUGACACUGUCCAAUUGGAUGAUGAAGGAGUAUACCGCUGUCGAGUCGACUUUAAGAAUUCUCCCACACGCAAUUUCCAAAUCAGAUUGUCCGUUAUUGUUCCACCACAUCAACUGAUACUAUACGACAAGUCUGGGCGAGAUGUUUCGGGCGUGGUGGGUCCGCUCGAAGAGGGCAACGAGCUUGUCCUCGUUUGCGAGGUCAGAGGAGGUCGUCCAGCGCCAACGGUUAUCUGGCUAAUCGAUAACAUACCAGCUCCACAAUAUAUAGGAGAGAAGACUGACACACACGUUGUUGUUAACAAGCUAGAAUUACCUCAUGUAAAGCGAAUCCAUCUAAACACCACGUUCAAGUGCAGAGCCUCUAAUACCAACCUUGUUAGCCCACAAGAAAAAACAGUACGAUUAGAAAUGAACUUGAAACCAACGCUGGUACAGAUACAGAACAAACCAGUGACGUUAUCUUCGGAACGCUACGUCAGCUUAUCGUGUGUGUCAGAGGGAAGCCGCCCGCCCGCGCAGUUGACCUGGUUCAAGGACAAUAGAAAAUUUAAAAGAGGAAAAAUAACAGAUGCAUCUAAUGACACUUGGGUGAGCAGCACGCUGCAAUUUAUGCCACUUCCAGAAGACGAUGGCGUCCAAAUAAAAUGUCAAGCAGAUAACAACGCGCUUCCCGGACAAAGCAUAGAAGAUUCUUUCAAACUGGAUGUUGUUUAUCCACCCGUCGUAUCAUUGUCAUUAGGCAGCACAUUAAACCCUCACGAUAUUAAGGAAGGCGAUGACGUUUAUUUCGAAUGUUCAGUGCGCGCUAAUCCCAAAGAACACAGAAUAUCCUGGUACCAUAAUGAAAAACCAGUACUCCAUAACGUGGUUUCUGGCAUCAUUGUCAGCACCAAGUCAUUAGUGCUACAAAAGGUUACAAGGGACUAUAGCGGAGACUACUCUUGUCGUGCCACCAAUGCCCUCGGAGAAACAGCGAGCCAAGCUACUCAUCUUAGUAUACAAUAUACACCAGUUUGCACGCACACUUCACCUCAAGUGUUAGGUGCACAGAUAGACGAGGCUCUACUUAUACGCUGUUCUGUUACCGCCAAUCCCCCAGAUGUCACCUUCUUUUGGCAGUUUAAUAAUAGUGGGGAGAGCCUAGACGUAUCCCCGACUAAGUUUGGCACAGCCAACGGCAGUACAAGCGAGUUAAGCUACAAACCUCAAAGCGAACGCGACUAUGGAGCUCUGAGUUGCCGCGGUACAAAUUCAGUCGGUAGACAAGACGAGCCAUGUGUAUUUCAAAUAGUACCCGCAUCUCGCCCAGCCCCACCUAAAAACUGUUCUCUUCACACCGGAUCCAAUAGUUCUGAGGGGCUGAACUGGUUGAUGGUACGCUGUGUUGCUGGAUAUGACGGUGGUCUACCUCAAACCUUUUUGCUGGAAACACUAGAUCCCAUCACUAGCAAGACUAAGUUCAAUAGCAGCGCUAACGAUACAGAUGGUUUAGCUACUUUCAAGUUAGAUCUCUCGCAAAUAUCGGCUGGCGAGACCGAGACCACAUUUAAUCUACUCAUCUAUGCAAGGAACCUCAAGGGAGAUUCGGAGAAAACUCUGCUGGAAAAUAUUGCUUUCAAUGACGCCGCCAGGAGAACGGAUGGCAAAAAUGUAUUGGGAGGAAUAACGUUUGGAAUGGUAAUUGCUGCGUCACUUGGAGCCGUGUUUGCCGUUGGAGGAAUAAUUUUCGCCGCGCUCUGUGCACGUCGAAAGAGAUCUCAUCCAACUCAUAAACAUCCUCCAGGUGAUAUGCUGGAGUUAAGUGAUGGGUGCAGAAGAUAUGUUGUAGCAUACACUAUCAAACCAUCGCAAGAACUUAAAACGCCUGAUCCACAGCCAGAUAUUUUAAAUCCACCAGAUGGCGAAAGUCAAAAAGCACCAGCUUCGACGGUUGAAGCCGAUGAGUGGCCAAGUGUAAAAGAAGUUAGAGGGGACUGGAAUAAAACAGGAGCUGUCUUUUCAGCAGAGGACCUUGCACUUUUAGAUUCAACUGGACAUCCACAAGAGAUAACUUCAAGAAAUGAAUUGGUUCAUAACAGUCGGCAGGAAGACGCUCUUAAUCAGAAUUUAUCUCAACCUAUAUUAGCAAGUAAUUUUAGGCCCAACUUUUUAGUAACAAAUAGUCCAACAUUAGGAAGUCCAAACUUUGUGUGUCCUAAUGGUAAUAUUGGAUCACCUUUUGAAAGUCAAACGCUCACACUAAGCGGACCAACUUUAAGUUCUAGUAGUCUGUCUAAUUCUACGUUACAUAGAAAAGGCAAGAGUAAUACACGAAGAAGAGAACAUGUUCUCGCAGAAAACUUGCCGGGUCCUGAGAGCUGUGUUUAAAGUGAUGAACGGACUUAAAGUCUAAUGGAGACUUAAAAUUCAUUAUUUUAGAUGAAUCUAUAUUUUCUUGUAAUAUAGCAGGCGUUUAUGAUAACUAGCUUUUUGGCCCAAAUAACGCAUACUAUAGGGACAUUGUAAGAAACUUAUGUGUUUAACUUUAUAUUUGUGUUUGUGUACAUUUUGAAAUAAAUGACAAUACAAAUGUUACUUCUUGAUUAUAUUUUCAAGUUUGCUAUUACAUUGUUACCUAGAUGUUAGUAGAAUUAAUUUUGCUGGUGUAAAAAUCUUUAAGAUAAAAAUUAGGUGUGGCGAUAACCAACAUAGCAUGUAUUAUCAAGACUGUAAAAUUUGUAAAUAUAAAAGUGACUAGAGGUAUUAUGAGUUCCCGUUAAAUGAUGCUUGAGGAUCUUUUGUUAAUAACAUUGGUUGUGUGGAUGUAUAUACGGCUAGGCUUAAGUUAAAAAAUAUUAUUUACAUCUCAUUUUCUCAAACGAUGACACGAGUUAUCAUACAUGUGAACAUUUUUUUUUGUGAAUGUGAUUAAUGAUUAUGUUUUAUAAAAGACGAUGAAUGUCGUGUUACCUCCAGCGGUUAUGUUUGAAUAAAUUCUUAGUUGACUUUUUUUUUCAUCAACUGUAAAUAUCUUUUUUCCAAAUUAAGUAGUGCCAUUUAAUAUAAUCGAAAUAGUUGCUUGGUGAAACAUAUUUCUAUUUUGUGUUAAUUUUAUUGAUAGAGUUUAACUGGAUCGGCUCGUUUUGUAUGAAAUAUGUAUGUCUGUUGUAGCUGUCAAAGCAAUUUUUCUGUGGUCUUUACUUGUAAAUUUUAUAUUUAAUAAAUAUUAAAAACUUAUAAA